GGUGUGCGGCUGACUCCUGGCCGCGAACCGGAAGCGUGGGAGACACCCAGCCAGCAGACGCGGUCACGCCGGUUCCAGCCUCCCCGCAAGCGCCCGGGCGAGUUGUUCGCGGUUGGCUGCGCACGGGCACCGCCGGCCCGGGCUCCCGGGGGGAAGAUUUUGUUGUGGUAUAUUUUGUCAUUAUGAGAUGUCGUCUCUCAGUGCUUCAUUUGUGCAAAUUAAAUUUGAUGACUUGCAGUUCUUUGAAAGCUGUGGCGGAGGGAGUUUUGGGAGUGUUUAUCGAGCCCGAUGGAUAUCACAGGACAAAGAGGUGGCUGUAAAGAAGCUGCUCAAAAUAGAGAAAGAGGCAGAAAUACUCAGUGUGCUCAGUCACAAAAACAUCAUUCAGUUCUAUGGAGCUGUUAUUGAACCUCCUAACUAUGGCAUAGUUACAGAAUAUGCUUCUGUUGGCUCAUUGUAUGAUUACAUUAAUAGCAACAGAAGUGAAGACAUGGAUAUGGAGCAUAUCAUGACCUGGGCAACUGACAUAGCUAAAGGAAUGCACUAUUUGCAUAUGGAGGCUCCAGUCAAAGUAAUUCACAGAGAUCUGAAGUCUAGAAAUGUUGUUAUAGCUGCUGAUGGAGUAUUAAAGAUCUGUGAUUUUGGUGCUUCAAGGUUUCACCACCAUACGACACACAUGUCCUUGGUGGGUACCUUCCCUUGGAUGGCUCCAGAAGUUAUCCAGAGUCUCCCAGUGUCUGAAACAUGUGACACGUAUUCAUACGGCGUGGUUCUCUGGGAGAUGCUAACAAGGGAGGUCCCCUUUAAAGGCUUGGAAGGAUUACAAGUAGCUUGGCUUGUAGUGGAAAAAAACGAGAGAUUAACCAUUCCAAGCAGUUGUCCCAGAAGUUUUGCAGAACUGAUGCAUCAGUGUUGGGAAGCUGAUUCAAAGAAAAGGCCAUCUUUCAAGCAGAUCAUUUCAAUUCUGGAAUCCAUGUCCAAUGACAGCAACCUUCCAGACCAGUGUAACUCAUUCCUGCAUAACAAAGCAGAGUGGAGAUGUGAAAUUGAAGCAACCUUAGAGAGGCUGAAGAAACUGGAGCGUGAUCUGAGCUUUAAAGAGCAGGAGCUAAAGGAACGGGAGAGACGUUUGAAAGUAUGGGAGCAGAAGUUAACAGAACAGUCCAAUACUCCUCCUUUCUUACCUAUUGGUGCAAGAAUGUCUCAGGAGUCUUACUUUGAAACUAAAACAGAGGAAUCAAACAGUGCAGAGAUGUCAUGUCAGAUCACAGCAACAAGUAACGGGGAGGUAGCUGGCAUGAACCAAAGUCUGCAGGCCUUGAUGAUGAAGGGCUUUGGGGGUAUCUUCUCUAUGAACCAAGCAGGAUCUGUCCUGCAUUCUGGAAUGCAGAUAAACAUGCAAGCCAAAAAGAAUUCUUCUAAAACCACCUCUAUGAGAAAGGGGAAGAAAAUCAACAUGGCUGUGGGUGUCAGAGAAUUUGACUGGUCAGAUGAUGAUGAUGAAGAUGAUGAUUUUGAUGAUACAAAUGAUUCUAGUGAAUGAAAUUAGAAAACUAAUUAAGUCUAAAAUUGGUUUCUAGCAAAUAAAAGCAAUAAAGUUUCAGAAAAAUCAUCCUGUCAUUUUGGUCUGUUUUAAAUUUUGUAAAAGAAACAAAAGCAAAAACACUACAUUUUUCUAGGCCAGUCAUAUUUGUAUGUUAAAAAUAUAUCUUGUUGGUUUUUAGAUUGUGUUGACCUAUUUUUGCUUUGCUGAAAUUUGGAACAAAAAUUUCAAAACAAAUUGAGUUUUUUAAAACCCCAAAAAUAUAGCUGCAGCUCACAUUUGUGCUGUAAUAUUUGGUGUCUAAUUACAGAAACUGCUAUGGCUGAAUAUGUUUACGAUCUGACAACAGUGGAGAAAUUUAAACACCUAUUUUACUUAAACGUACAUCCAUUACUUUUCUUUUUGUUUUUGUAGUUUUCUUUACCUGUUUUAUUGUUGAUCAUAUGAACAUAUUUGUGUUUCCAUGUGGGCUUUUCCUAUACAAUCAAUUCUUUCUGACUGCUACAGUGAAGUUGUUUUGUUAAAUUUGUGAUUUCUGAAUCAUUUUCAAGGCAAUAUCCUGUGAUAUCAUAAAUAAAUUACUAAGAAGACCAAGCAGGGUUGAGAAAAAUAAAGCCAUUUCAAGCACACAGUUUAAGAAACAGCAGCUGAAUACAGACAAUCACUGGUAAUAAAUAGUUUGUAUAAAUGUUCUUUUCUCUCUUUCUCUUUAGUUUCUGAAAUUCAGUCUUUAGUAUAGUCACUUACAAUAAAACCUCACCACCUAAUUGCAUCAUGGUAGUCUACAAGCUCACUGGUUUUCUGUUACGUUGGUGUAAAUCCUGGAAAUCUCAUUAACUUUGAUGGAUUUACUCUGGAUUUAUUCCGAUUUAGCUGAGAGCAAAAUUGGUCUUAGGUUAUAUACAGCAAUUUUUUAUUUUGCUGUAAUUAUUAAACCAUUUAUCACUGCCCUUCCCAGAAUAGGGGGGAGAGAGACAUUUGAAAAGUGUUUGAGCCCUCCUACUGUGGCUUAAGCUAAAUUCUCAGUGAUGACGUGAAGAAUAUUCUCUAAAGUUUAAAUAUCCAUUUUUCUGCUGUGAAAUCAUUUAAAAAAUAUUGCCACUGUUGUUAUGAUUCAUCCUAAAAUUGAGUCUAUAAGUAUCUGCUGCAGUAAUUACCCCACAAACACUCUGCCCGGAACAGUGAAUGUAUUUUCCUGAUGAACUCUUUGGUGGUGGCACAGAAAGAGAGAAGGAAACAGAUACAUUCACACCUACAGGUGCAGAAGAAAGGCCCAUUGUAAAACAUUUGUCAAAUAAAGAAGGGCAAAAAUUUUUAAAGAAAAGGGUUACUUUCAUGUUCAGUUGGAUUUGAGGGGAUAAUUAAACUCCUAAGUGCCAUGUGUUGAUGUUGUUUCUCUCUUGAAAAAUGGCGAUUAGUGCUAUUUAAAUACCUUAGAAAGUAGAAUCAUUACAUGAUAGCAGGUCUGAAGUUGGAUCUCCAAGAGUUUGGAACAUUAUAUUCUACUAUUUAUAAAUAAGAGAAAAAGUUCUUGAGAAGUUUUAAAAUUAGCUUUUCUAGGGUGACAAGUGCAAUCUUUGAGAUGCAUUCCUCACUCAGUGCUUUCAACUAUGCUUGAGUUCAACUGGAGCUAAAGAUGCUCAGCGCCUCACAAGAUUGGGCCCUUAACUGUAUGAAAUGUAUAGAAUUUGAGCCAGGUUCCACCUCCUUGCUAGCAGGUUCAAGUCCAUUGUCUUUGUGAUAUCGGGGGCAAUUUUUUCAUGCUAGUAAGAAUUUGUUAAUUUCAACACUGAACAGUGCAAUACGUUCUUAGUGGGAUAAUUUGCUGUAUCUAGUCUAAGUGAAAUUUGCUCCUACAAUAUCAGUGUUAAUAGCAUUUUAGGAGCACUAAACAAAGUGACUGAGGGUGGGGAGAGGGACAGAGAAUAGAAAAGGGGCAACAAAAAUGGUAAUGGCAGCAAACAAGCUACUUCCAAAUGCAGAUUUGUAUUGUUUUUUAAGUCUGCACCUGCUAACAGCUACCGCAGCAACAUUAUUUUUAUAACCACUAUACUACAGGCAGGAAAAAUUGAAGGAUUUGUAUAAUCUAAUACGUGUCUAUGUUAAACUACUGUACCAUAUUUCUAGUGUAGAGUUGCACAGCUGUAACUGAAGUCAAAAUUGAACCCAGUAUGUUCAGAAAUGCAAAAAUAAAACUAUCUCUUCUUAGCACUGAUACUGGUACUUUGCACUUUUAAAUCACCUAAUAAUCUCAAUGCACUUUAUACACAUACGUGUUGAUUUAAUUAGAUGUGCAAAUCCACUUCUUGAUUUAAAUGUUCACCUAAUAAAAUAUUCCAACACUACUAUAUCACAUCACUUUUUUGUUGAGGACAGAUAUUCUCCUGCAUCUCUCAUUAAAGUGAAUAGAAGUUAUUUGAGCAUAAUAAAUGGAAUAAUUUGGCAUUUUGUACAUAGAGAGCUGAGCUGGUAAAAAGAAUUUAAAUUUAAUUUUUCAAUGAAAAAGAAGGAAAACAUUUUCAUUAAUUGUCUCUUUUUUAGCCAACUCUAAUAAAGAUCUAUUGAGAAAUAAAGAAAAAGUAGAAAGGUCCUGGAAUUGUUGUAAAAGAAAGAUCUACUAAGCUCAAGGCUUUUCCCAAACUUUCCUUUUGUGAUUCCUUUAAAGUAUGGUUAUAUUCAAAAUAGUAGCUUGGCUUAAAAAAUGACAUAUUUUUUUUUUAUUUUCCUAUAAUGACUGUCAUGCCAAACGUGUUCAGUUUACAAGUCACAAAUAAAUUGUGCUUGACUGUCCAGCUAUGUUGUUUUUGCCUCAAACGUCCUCACUGUAUUUUAAUUUUGAAAGAUUUUGGUUGACAGUUAUGGAGGCAGAACAAAACCAUUUUGAUCUUUCACCCUUGAUUUUACUCUGCAGUGCUAGUAGGAUUAAACUUGGUUUUUUAAUCUAUCUAGAUGUCCAAACACCAAAGUGUCUACAAUAGUUGCUAAUAAUAGUUAACAGUUAACAUAGCAUGUCACAUGAUCAAAAUAUUAACCAAAAGUUAACUAAUGACUCCUCCCAGGGCCCUAUGAGGCAGAUAAGGUAAAGUGUUGUUAUUCUAUUUCACAACUGGGGAAGCUGAUAUAGAGAAGUUAAAGGCCAAAUCUGAACCUCUAGUUUUUACUCAGUCAUUAUACUUAAACUAACACUGGCUUUAGAGGGGAAUAUUUCCUGACCUGAGGAACUCAGAGUUUAGCCCUUUUACUUACCCAAAGCCACAUAGUGAGCUGGGAUUCGAACUCAGGAUUUCCUGACUCCUAACCCAGUUCUCAUUCUUUCAGACUUGGAAAAGUUGCAGGGAAUAGAUAUGCUGAGUAAGACUAUUUUAAUGUAGUCACUUUUCUAACUGAAAUAAUACUAAUGCUUUAGAAUAACAAUUGCUUUGAGAUCCAGUGCUUAGAUCUGAGGACUUAGUUUCAGGGCUUAUAUAGUUUGUGGAGUGUUUGGGAUAUGCUUGAUCAGCUGGCUGUAUUUGUUAAUUGUAAUACUUGGACUUAGUCUCCUCUAGAUGCUGGGGAUUUUUGAGACAUGAGAUCUGAAGUAGCUCUUCGGCACAUGGUCAUGUUCUUGACUUGUUCAUUUAUCGUUUGCAGUAUUUUGUUAGAUUUUGAUUUCAUUUCAUUAUAGAUCUUAAAGCAGUUAUUCUAAUUAAAUAUUGAUACAUUAAUUAUUUAUAUUGCUAUCAGCAGCAGUAAAUCCACAGCGCACAUAAUAAAGCUAAUAAGUAACUAACAAAGUUACUGUACAUCUUUAGUAAGCUAUUUCCUGUUUUUGCAAUAAGGCAGCUUUUACAGGUUUUUAAUAAGACCUCCAACUUGACAGAGGUUUAAUUACAGGCCAAUAGAGAAUCCAUUCUGUUCUUCCAACUUUCAUGUAGCAAAAUAGGCUCACAGGACAUGCAGUAAUUUUUACAGUCCUUAAAAUGUACCAGUAGAAAUCUGGAGAGGAAUGCAUUUUUCCCCUGACUUCAACGUAGUGCACACUAUGAAGUCUGUAUAGAGGUUUCUGGUGUGUGAAGAUUUAGUUUCAGGACUGUAGCAUCAACAACCUACAUUAAACAUUUUACGUUGUGUGCAAAAUAUUCUGCUGACUUUUAAAGUCAGAUAUAGUCCACUGCAUUUUCUUGCUUUUGCACUCUUUAAAAAGUUUUUGUACUGAAUACUAGGAAAUUAUUCUAUUUAUACUCCAAGUGUGAGCAAAUGAAAUUUGAAUAGAAAAUAUUUUCACAGCAUUAGAAAGCUUCAUCCCUUCCUACUGAAAUACUAUGCUGAGAAAAACCUGUGCCAAAACUAUUGUGGUGUAAACUGACUAGCUAAUUUGUAUGGAACAUGCAAUGUUACACCCUCUUGUGGUAAGACUUUCAGUAGUCGUUUUCUUCACCCCACUUAACAUGUGAUGUCUUGCUUUGUUCACAGUAUGGAUUUGGUUUUCCAGUUUUAAAAAAAAAUGUAAUGUAUUUAAUUUUCUUAGUUGGUGUCAUGAACUUGAUUUUGAUGUGAAGUUUUUUCCUUUGCUUCUCUUUGUUCCAAACUUCUAUUUUGCAAUAAACAUUUUGAC